AUGACUGGUUAUGUGCAAAAUGUUUUAACGAAGGCUGACGUUGCACAGGUGGAUGCUAAGAGACCAUCUCAAAGGACAGGGAAAGGGUCUGGGACUUCAAUAAAGGCUAGCCUGCAGAAGACAAAAAUAGGGGAAGCAGUCGUUAAGCUCCGGGCACCGGUGUGGUGCCGGCCGAAGGCUCUCCGAUGCUUAAGUCAGCUAAGAAGGGAAGUGAAAGUGGGAGGUUGGUGUAGAUUUCCGAUGUGGGACUUUGUGAAAGUCGCCGCGGUGUCGAGAGUUUCAGCAGGUGCUUGGCACCUCGGAAGAGUGUCUUCCUUCGGCAGGAGAGAAGGCGUGUCUGCCUUGGGGGUGGCUUGA